AUGGAGCACAACGUGCGUUACGAUGGUCGUCAGGUGCCCGGAGUCGAGAGCCAUCAGAACCGUCGCCGUGGUGUCGACCCUGGCGGGGUCGUUGACCGCGGACAGUGGACUGCCUUCGGCACAAAUCAAGCUCAGCAAUACCAGGCCGGACAGAACACGCACCAGCCACAGCACCAGGCAACAUUCCCGAACUCGCGUGCCAACUUGGUGCGUCCUCAUCAGGGCUUCCAGCCUGUGCAGCAGACUGCCACCGCCGCCGGUGCUCAGCGUGCACACGCACAAUACCAGCAAACUCUCGAGCAGGAUACUUCCAACAUGGCGUUCAACAGCCCGGUGAAGCACCAUCUGACUCCCCAGCAGAUGCUUGCGGGUUCAAACAGAAACCCGCAGCAGAACUACUGGCCGGGCCAGAUGCCGCAGCAUCCCAAUGAGCUUUCACAACACRGCCGGUCAUCGCAGAACCACAUGGGUCAGCGGGACCAUCAUCAAACUCCGCCACAGCACAGCUCUCAGCGUGGUCGGCAGUCAAACGACGCGCGGCAGCUACCUCAAUCCCACGCUAGCCUCCGGCGUGGACAGUACCGCGGCCGGGCUCAACAGCAGCAGAUGUCUCGCGCUAGUGUCCAGCGUGGACAGUACCACGGCCGGGCCAAACAACAGCACCUGUCUCGCGCUAGUGUCCAGAGUGGACAGCAGUACAACCAGGCUCCUUCGCAGAUGCUUCAUCGCGCUCCUCCACCGCCUCCUGCUCAGGAUUCGCCACCACGAGCACAUCRAGGUGCUUCGUGGGAGCCUCAUGGUGCGCCACUCCCUCGUACUGGACCCCUUCUUAAUGCUCGCCCAGAAUCUGCGGCUUCAAACUAUACAGUUCGUACAACGGGCACGCAACUGUCGUCCGGAAGCGACGAUUCGUUCCAGACGCAGCUUCACCCGGCCGAUCGAGCCGMCGAGCCUCGGUUCGUACCAGCGAUUCCUACUGGACUCGCAAUAAGCAAUGAGGAAGCUGAUGCAGGAAAUGUCGAGCACGCAAACGAACAAGGUGGAGGUGCCCGUACUGUUCGGAAGCUCAAGCCCUUUGUCCUGAGAAACUUGGACCCAGGAUAUCAAGUGUCACCACCAAGUUCAGUGACAGGUGGCGGGGCCUCAAUAUCACCGUCGAGCUCAGUGAUGAGCGGAGGUGUCCCACUCACACAGGCGCGCUCGUUCAUCAACCGAUAUGCCCAGUCAUCUACUGGUACCAGUUCGGGAUCAGACUCGACGAUCACUCCGAAGAGCCAAGCUAGGAUCAACCGCACUCCCUCAGAGUCAAGCUCGGUGGAGACUGUGAAGCCUAAAGUCGUUCAGACCAUCGCUCGCAUUGAGCCCCGGGAAAUCUCGAAUAGACCCAGCCAUCCUUCAGCACCCGGCCUGGCAAAGGUGAUCAAGGACGGUCUGACGGAGGACCCAGGAGAGAGCAUGAAGCUCAACCGGAAAUAUACAUAUCCUUUGAAGCUUGUGGUACCCACCUUUGGCCCGACUCGCUUCAGGGACAGCAGGACGAUGGGCAAUCUCGACGGCGGCAAAGUUUCAAAGCCUCCCAAGCCCCCUAUCUGCUCCAGCGCUCCCAAGAUUGACAAGGCCCGCAUUGUCCACAGCGGACUUGGGCCCUCCAAGGAUCUUCCCGACCCUCUCUGGCUGAGUACCGUGCAGCAGGGAUUGUGCAAUCCAGCGGUUGAAGAGCUCAUGGUUGAUCUUCCGUUCUCCGAGCUCCAUCGCAUGGUCGCGCCAAGCAACGCUGGUGUCAUCAAGAUUAUCCAAAUUCCUUACGCCACAUGUCGACAAGAUAUAGUUUCAUUCCUCGGUAGAAACGCUCAGAUCAUUCGGCAGCCUCAAGAUUCCCCCUACCGCGCCAUUCACAUCCUCAUGGAGCGGGAGAGCGGCAAGAGCAUGGAGUGCUACGUCGAGGUGGCCAGCGACGCCGAGGCAGCCUUCAUCGUUCACGGCUUCGACUGUCGUGUCAAGGCCCGCAAAGCCCCAAAGAUUGGCCAGCGUACCGUUCAAGUUCUCUACAGCUCACAGGACGAGCUCAUCUCUGAGCUGUUUCCACGCGCCAAGCAUGUCCGCUGGGAGGGCGGCAAGCCCAUUGUGGAUCUGACGCCGCGUGAGUACCAUGAGGGAGUCGAAGCUGCAGGCUUCCAGGGAUUCAUCCACCCCGAAGAACUCGUCCAUACGCUUCGGCAUGCCACACAGAUGUGGCGCUCCAAGUAUGCAUUCAGCUUMCCGGCCCGUCCGUACGAGACGAUCAUCUCCAUCUUGUACAAAUACCCUUGGUAUGCCCCGGAACAUGUGCUGAUUGACGAGCGCGAGCAAAUCUACGAGUGCACCCUCAAGCUCAUGGGCGAAUUGAUCAAGCAGAUUGGUACGCAUGCUGUGUCCAGCACUUUCACCUAUCGCCCAAGCGACCCGAGCCCAGCUCUCCUCCGGGAGAUGGCUGCCGCUGCUCUGGCGUGCCCAGGCUUCACCGAGGUGCAGAAGGCGAGAGUUGUCGGCUACUUGGUCAAGGACGGCUAUGGCUACAUGGCGGUUGGAAGAGACAUCAAUGUGGAUCUGGGUGGCACGCACGAACUUGCGGCAAUCUGGCCGUUCAUUGCGCUUUCCGUCACCCCCGGCGCUGAUAUUGAGCUUGUCAAGUACUACGGUCAAAUCUUCCAGGAAGCCACCCGCACGGGCGCCAUCGUCCCACCUCUGCCCAUGGGUGAUGUCAACAUCGAUUACCAGGGUCAAGACAACCAAGGAGGCCUUACGCUCGCUGUUGCAGCCAAGAUCGAGUACGCCCAGAUUGAGGAGAUGAUCAAGGAGGCUGUGGGCGAAACAGACGACGACGGUUGGAGCAGAAAUCUCAGGAGUCGUCCCAACACUCCUGAUGAGCCCGAAAACGCCGUCCGCCCGGCACUCACAUUUGAGCAAGCGAUGGAUGAAGCUCAUCGCAAGAACCCAGGCAGCAAUUGGUACACGACCACCGCUCCACCUCGGCAAUCCAACUGGGUUGAACCCGAUCCUGCAGAUCGGAAGGCUCAAGGCAUCAUCUUGCUUCAAAUCAUGAAGGACGGCCAGGCUCGUCGAGCGAACGACAAGGCUCAAAUGCACGCCACUGAGGAUGCUCGCAGACAAAACAUCGCUCAAGUCGUUGGUGGAGUCGGAGGCAAUCGCGGCUUGGAUCAGACUGAGCGUCCUACAGGACCUCGGGCUACUGGUGGCUACACCAUGCAACAGGCCAUGGCCAAUGCCGAGAAACAUCGGCGCAACGACUUCGCCCAGUCAAUGGCUGGAGCUCGGCAUGCUCGUGCCCCUCAAGACAGCACUCGUACCCGCGAACCCCUUCACGGAUACCUCAGCAGUGCCCUUCCUGGUCCCUUUGGUGAUCAGGGUAGCUCUCAGACCCCAGCUCAGAACGCCCAAGGCAGCACCCGCGAGCCCCUGCACGGCUACCAUAGCAGUGCCCUUCCUGGUCCCUUUGGUGAUCAAGGUAGUUCUCAACCCCCGGCUCAGCACAGCCAGAGACCAUCUCCGCCUCCUGGAACCGAGCGCACCGCCCGCGGCGGUGUUCGGUCCAAGUUCGAUUGGUAG